UGGUCACUGGGAGACAUUUGUAUAGAGUGCAUGUUGACUAAAAAAACAGAUUCCAUAUCACUUUUUGGCAUUUUUGGAGGGUUGAGGUUUAACAAUGAGGGGAGCUCUGCUGCUCGUUUUACUGCUCUGUCUGUCUGGGACAUAUGCGCAAACAGCAGUUAAAGCAGCUCCUCUGUCAACUGAUCAGAAAAUCGUGGACAUAUGGGAUGAGCUGAAAGCUCUGAGAUUCAUUGUAGAGGACGAAACCGUGGACUUGAAGAAUGCCAGAGCUGACCUGAGAACCCAGAUGCGGAAAACUGAUGAUCUAGAGAACGAGAACAUAGAAAUUAGAUCCAGACUGACAGAAUAUGAAAACAGUUUGUUAGCGAUUUCAACGGAGCUGGAAGCGACUAAAGCUGAACAGCAGCUGGAGAAGAACAAACUGGUGGAGGCCGAGAGAAAGAUUGCUGAUAUCAUCUCCAGACUGACAAAUACUGAAAAAAAUGUGGUAACGAUUACAGCGGAUCUGGAAGCGACUAAAGCAGAACAGCAGCUAGAGAAGAACAAACUGGCGGAGGCAAGGAAACUCCUUUCUGAUAUGAACUCCAGACUGACAAAUACUGAAAGAAAUGUGGUAACGAUUACAACGGAUCUGGAAGCGACUAAAGCUGAACAGCAGCUAGAGAAGAACAAACUGGCGGAGGCAAGGAAACUCCUUUCUGAUAUGAACUCCAGACUGACAAAUACUGAAAACAAUAUGGUAGCGAUGAGAACGGAUCUGGAAGCUACUAAAGCUGAACAGCAGCUGGAGAAGAACAAACUGGCGGAGGCAAGGAAACUCCUUUCUGAUAUGAACUCCAGACUGACAAAUACUGAAAACAAUAUGGUAGCGAUGAGAACGGAUCUGGAAGCUACUAAAGCUGAACAGCAGCUGGAGAAGAACAAACUGGCGGAGGCAAGGAAACUCCUUUCUGAUAUGAACUCCAGACUGACAAAUACUGAAAGAAGUGUGGCAGUGAUUACACCGGAUCUGGAAGCGACUAAAGCUGAACAGCAGCUAGAGAAGAACAAACUGGCGGAGGCAAGGAAACUCCUUUCUGAUUUGAACUCCAGACUGACAAAUACUGAAAGAAAUGUGGUAGCGAUUACAGGGGAUCUGGAAGCGACUAAAGCUGAACAGCAGCUGGAGAAGAACAAACUGGCGGAGGCAAGGAAACUCCUUUCUGAUAUGAACUCCAGACUGACAAAUACUGAAAACAAUGUGGUAGCGAUUACAGCGGAUCAGGAACCGACUAAAGCUGAACAGCAGCUGCAGAACCAACUGGCAGAGGCAAGGAAACUCCUUUCUGAUAUGAACUCCAGACUGACAAAUACUGAACAAAGUGUGGCAGCGAUUACACCGGAUCUGGAAGCGACUAAAGCUGAACAGCAGCUAGAGAAGAACAAACUGGUGGAGGCAAGGAAACUCCUUUCUGAUAUGAACUCCAGACUGACAAAUACUGAAAACAAUGUGGCAGCGACUAAAGCUGAACAGCAGCUGGAGAAGAACAAACUGGCGGAGGCAAAGAAACUCAUUUCUGAUCUGCAAUCCAGACAGAAAGAUACUGAAAAUAAUGUAGGAAAUAUUAGAACGGAGCUGGAAGCGACUAAAGUUGAACACCAGCUGGAAAGGGACAAACUGGUGGAGGCUGAGAGAAAGAUUGCUGAUAUGAAAUCCAGACUGACAGAUACCGAAAACAAUGUAGCAAAUAUUACAAAGGAGCUGGAAGCGACUAAAGCUGAUCUGGUGGCGGCUGAGAGAAAGAUUGCUGCUAUGCAAUCCAGACACACAAAUACUGAAAACAAUGUGGGAAGUAUUAGAACGGAGCUGGAAGCGACUAAAGCUGAACAGCAGCAGGAGAAGAACAAACUGGUGGAGGCUGAGAGAAAGAUUUCUGACAUGAACUCCAAAAUGAAAAAAACUGAAAACAAUUUGGUAACGAUUAAAGCGGAUCUGGAAGCGACUAAAGCUGAACAGCAGCUUGAGAAGAACAAACUGGUGGAGGCUGAGAAAGUCAAUUCUGAUAUAAACUCCAGACUGACAGAUACUGAAAACAAGGUGAAAGCAACGACAGCGGAGCUGGAAGCGACUAAAGCUGAACAACAGUUGGAGAAGAACAAUCUGGUGGAGGCUGAGAGACGGAUUUCUGUAACAGCAGCAGAACUGGCAACCCUGGUGUCCAAAGUGACAACCUGUGAGCGGGAGGCACAGAAUCAGAAGGAGGCGAUGAAUGCUCUUAGGGACGAGCUGGGCAUUUCUAAGACUAAACAACAGUCCUUUGGGAACGAAUUGCAAGAUAUGCAAAAGACAACUACAGUAACAGCAGCAGAACUGGCAACCCUGGUGUCCAAAGUGACAACCUUUGAGCAGGAGGCACAGAAUCAGAAGGAGGCGGUGAAUGUUCUCAGGGACGAGCUGGGCCUUUCUAAGACUAAACAACAGUCCUUUGGGAACGAAUUGCAAGAUAUGCAAAAGACAUCUACAGUAACAGCAGCAGAACUGGCAACCCUGGUGUCCAAAGUGACAACCUGUGAGCGGGAGGCACAGAAUCAGAAGGAGGCGGUGAAUGCUCUUAGGGACGAGCUGGGCCUUUCUAAGACUAAACAACAGUCCUUUGGGAACGAAUUGCAAGAUAUGCAAAAGACAUCUACAGUAACAGCAGCAGAACUGGCAACCCUGGUGUCCAAAGUGACAACCUUUGAGCGGGAGGCACAGAAUCAGAAGGAGGCGGUGAAUGCUCUUAGGGACGAGCUGGGCCUUUCUAAGACUAAACAACAAUCCUUUGGGAACGAAUUGCAAGAUAUGCAAAAGACAUCUACAGUAACAGCAGCAGAACUGGCAACCCUGGUGUCCAAAGUGACAACCUUUGAGCGGGAGGCACAGAAUCAGAAGGAGGCGGUGAAUGCUCUCAGGGACGAGCUGGGCCUUUCUAAGACUAAACAACAGUCCUUUGGGAACGAAUUGCAAGAUAUGCAAAAGACAUCUACAGUAACAGCAGCAGAACUGGCAACCCUGGUGUCCAAAGUGACAACCUUUGAGCGGGAGGCACAGAAUCAGAAGGAGGCGGUGAAUGCUCUCAGGGACGAGCUGGGCCUUUCUAAGACUAAACAACAGUCCUUUGGGAACGAAUUGCAAGAUAUGCAAAAGACAUCUACAGUAACAGCAGCAGAACUGGCAACACUGGUGUCCAAAGUGACAACCUGUGAGCGGGAGGCACAGAAUCAGAAGGAGGCGAUGAAUGCUCUUAGGGACGAGCUGGGCAUUUCUAAGACUAAACAACAGUCCUUUGGGAACGAAUUGCAAGAUAUGCGAAAGACAACUACAGUAACAGCAGCAGAACUGGCAACCCUGGUGUCCAAAGUGACAACCUGUGAGCGGGAGGCACAGAAUGCUCUCAGGGACGAGCUGGGCAUUUCUAAGACUAAACAGUCUUUUGGGGACAGAUUGGAUGAAAUGCAAAGGACAUCUGCAGCCGCUCCGAAGCUGGCUUUCUCUGCUGGCUUGACCACUUCAGGAAACAUUGGACCAUUCACCACUGAAACUACACUCGUCUAUGGACGAGUCUUCACAAACAUCGGGGGGGCUUACAACCCCACGACAGGCAUCUUCACGGCACCGUUCAAGGGAGUUUACUAUUUCAGAUGCACAGCCUUCAACAACAAGAAAGGACAGUGGAUGGCGGUGAAUUUAUACCAUAAUCAUGAGAUUAUUAUGCAUAAUUCAGAGGUAGCUAAUGGUCAUACCACUAUUGCUAAUGCAUUAAUUUUACAGCUGGAACAGGGAAGUGUGGUCUAUAUGUGUCUCCAAAAAAACUGUGGGCUUUAUGACGAUUCUACAACCUGGAACACCUUCAGUGGUUUUCUGCUUUUUACUCUGUAACUUUUCAAUUUAGUUGAUCUCCACCAAGACUUUGAGGAUUUGCACUUUUGUGUCCAUUUUCUUCCUGAAUUGUGAAUACUUUCCUUGGUGUCUCAAAUUGAUCAAGCCAUUGACAGACAAAGGAGACUCCAGCAGACUUUUUCAGACAGUUUCUCAGACUACUCUUAUGAAAACUGCCAUGCAUAGGAAUGUAACACAUAGUAUCUGUAUGCUUUACUCAGUAAUUCUGCUGUCUUAAGAUGUGAUAUGGAUAGCGUGGUUGGAACUUUUUAUAUCAAUGCAUUAUAAAGAAACAUGCUUUUAAUCUCUUUAAAAAACAGUAUUUAGAACAAAAUGUUAAAUUGUAUUACCCUUUCAUUACAUAUGUAAAUAUCAACAACUAUUUCUAUUAAGCUGAAUUAAUGAAAUUGUUUGCAGUGAGAGAAAUCAUCAAUCGAUCAGUCGGUGUUGACUAGAGUAAAUUGUACAUGGUAACACAGAGCUACAUCAUAGAGUGAAGUAGUACAAAGUACAACAACAUAGUAAACUAUUUUAACAGUGACUUAACGUAAUAACCAGUUUGACGGAUACAGCCUUUGCUGUUCUAUGGACUGGUAUCAUUUAAAAAAGAAGUGCUCCAUUACUCACACUGUAAUGCAUUCCCUGGUCUCAUCACGGUGGUCUAAGAUACAGGUCUGGGUAGGACGUGUCAAAGAAAGUCAAGUAAACAAUAUAGUGUAUGAGCACAUACACAUACAGACAAGUAAUUAGACCAGCACCACAAUCCCUCACACCUCGGCUGAGAAUAAGGAUUGGAGAAACAUGGUAAUAGAAGAUAGGGUGGAGCUGCCUUUCACCAUUCUCUGCUUCAAUGCCAGAGUGACAAAGUGGCUGAGGCGAGAACCCAGGUAGAAAAAUAAUACAUUUAAUGAUAGAGCUGGCUUUAAACUGUGUUUCCGUCACUUUAAAAGACAGCUGUCAUAGUGUGUCAGUGUGCUUAUCAUUCAAAAUGUUUCAUACCAUUUAUACCGACUGGCUGAAGGCUCUGAAUUUACUGACACAUAAUAGUCUCUCACAUCCUAUUUGCAGUGGCUACUUCAGGCUGCUUUCCACAAAGUAUUCACUCUAAAAGUCCUCUUUCACUUUGGGCUUUCAAAUCUUUAAUUUGGAAGCAGUGUUUAGCAUUAACUUAACAAACUCUGUUAGAUGCUCAGACUGCUGUGUUCGGGCCCAGAUUUUCCUUCUCUCCUGCCACAUGUUUCCAAGUCUUUGCUCAGCAAACUCAAGGUGAGUCAGGCCACUCCGGCAUGUUUUCUGGCUGAUUAAAUGCCAGUGUAAGCAAGAACGGAUCACUGAGCACACAGACUUGACAGUCAAUUCAUACUGACAUGACUGGGUGUCAAAAGUCCCAUUAAAAAGAAGUGUAAACAAUGCCUCUGUCAUUGCACAUGUGUUGAUCGAGGCCUGGGUAAGCACAACUUGAAUGCCCUAAGCUCUUUUUUGGAAAGAAAGAUUUGGGACGAGCGGAUACCGCGAAAAGUGCAAGCAGCAAUACCAGAGGCCAAUAAAUUGUCACCUUCCAAACAGCCACAUUUUGAUUGGACAUGGUAGUAGCGUCUAUUGAUUUCACAACAUCAAGAAAACAUAGCUGCGGUGAGAAAAAGGGAGGUAAACGGUUUGGGAGAGGGGUCAAAUUGAGUUCAUUGUUGUCGCUGUAAUGCUAAAGUGACAGAAAUAAUUACUAUCUGCACAAAGGCAUGAAGGGAUGCAAUUUGUAGGAAUGAGAUCAGAAUAAUAACAAUAUGUAGUCUGUAUUUAUAUCUAUAAUUAUUGUAGUACUGCAGGAAACAAUGCUUUACAAAUAGA